UGACAACUUAAAACGCACAGAUGUGUUCCGAGUCAUCAAUUGUGCUAAGAGACCAAAUCGCCUUCCAUCGUGAGAACAGUUGCAACUGGUGCAAGAGUAGAAGCAUAACCUAUACUCCAAUCUUAAAAUCCAAGCAGAAAACAACCAGCCUACAGUGUUUACUUGAGAAGUGGAAUUUAAGCAAUCUUCUCCAGAAGUCUGGGAAUGAAAGCCUGGUUCUUUCAGUUAACAAAGAUGGGAGAAAUCCAGGUGAUAAUACUGGCAUUGUUGCUGUCCAGUCAGUUAAUCAACAGCCAGAACACCACCAGCAGUGCAUCAAAUACCCCAGAGAAAAUGACAAUUGGGAUGACUUUUGCUUCCUUGGGAACUCAAAAGACAAAUUCAAAUGUUACCAGCGAUAAUUCCAACUCAACCAGUUUAUUGUCAGUCAUUCCAACAUUCCAAUCUUCAACUACAGUGGAUUCAAGUUUGGCACCCCAGCUAAUGAGCACUUUCAGUUCAAUGGCAACUAAAACAGGCACUGUUGAGAGGACGACUCCUGAGAAAAAACCCACCAAGAGCUCCACCACCAAGAGCUCCACCACCAAGAGCCCAAAAAAUACAAAGAUACUUCUGGCUUGCAGUAUUAUCGGAAUAUUUCUAGUAAUCUGUUUCUUAAUUAUACUGAUUGUACUGUGCAAAAGGUGCUUUACAAAGCCAUCUGCACAAGACACAUGGGUUGUUUCUCAUUCAGGCCCCACCAUGAAUGAUCUUGAGAAUUCUCCCGACGACAAAGCGGACAAUAUACCACUAAGACGCCAAUCGCUCUCAACCUUUGUGUCUAAUAAACUGAAGCGUAAAUCCUUACUGGAUCAGUGUGAUAUGGAGGUACAAGAAUCGGAUGGAAUUCUCAAUGUUUCAACAAACAUUGAAAAACACACAUCGCCCUCUGAGGUCAAAAUGGAAGAUGAAAUGGAAAAAGAAAUCAAGGCUGAAGAUGCAAUAGAAAGUCCAGAAAUGUUACCACCUCCACCUGAGGCACAAAAUCCAACCGACAACAAUGACCCCAAGCUUCUUACAGAGGCUCCACCCCCACCUGCAUCACCACAAAUUCUUGUUGAGCCUAAGGAGAACACCCCUCCGCCUCCAUCAACAAAUUUGCUAUCUUUUGUAGACGAUCUACCACCCCCUCCAUCUGAGUUCCAAGUCUAAACGACUGCCAUUUUCUUUGUUCAUGUGACUGUGAAGUUUGUGUGCAGAGACUGUAGAGAUCGCACUGCCAAGGUACAGAAGGAGGCAAUUUCCAGUCUACAUGGACCAUAUAGCGCAAUCUUUCAGUGCAAGCAAGCAAUGUAGACACAGCAUUUAAAGUAGAGCGCAAGUUAUAUGUGAAUUGCAACAGCUUUCCUUCUUCCAAAGACAGACAUUGAUAGAAAUGGUUUGAAUGAAUUUCAUACUUGUACGGAAAGACAUUAUGAGCUGCAAAGCUGUACUGAUGUGCUUAUUAUUUUAACAGCAGUAGAACAGACCGUUUUGGUCACAUUUUGCUUUGCCAAAUAUCCAUUGUGAAUUCUCAUCCCAAGGAUGGAAAUGA